AGGCUGGCCUCGAACUCAGAAAUCUGUCUGCCUCUGCCUCCCAAGUGCUGGGAUUAAAGGCAUGUGCCACCAUUGCCCUGCUCCAAGAGAAGUUUGUGACAGUGUGAGAACAUGUAACAGACUGUCUCCUUCUCUCCUAGGAAUCUACGAUUCCUAUGAAACCAAGCUGGCAGUUUUGCCCAGCCCUGUGGUGUCAGUAGGAGAGAACAUGACCCUUCAAUGCAUCUCACAGAGUGCAUACAAUAAGUUCAUUCUCACCAAGGACGAUCAGAUGUUCACCAGCUCACUGGACACAGAGUAUAUAUCUUCUAGUGGCCAGUACCAAGCCCAGUUUGUUUUGGGACCCACAACUCCAGCCUACACAGGGACAUUCCGAUGUUAUGGUUAUUACAAGAAUACCCCACAGCUAUGGUCAGCACACAGUGCUCCCCAACAAAUACUCAUCUCAGGACAGCUUCACAUCACUCCUUCCCUCUCAGUGAAACAUAACUACACAGUACACUCAGGAGAGAACGUGACUCUGCUGUGUCAGUCAAUGCACAGAGUGGACACUUUCAUUCUGUCCAAGGAGGGAUCAGACCAGCAACCCCUGCGACUAAAAUCAAAGAACCAUGAUCAGCAGUCCCAGGCAGAAUUCUCCGUGAGUGCUGUGACCUCCCAGCUCUCAGGCACCUACAAGUGCUAUGGUUCUCAAGACUCAUCUCUCUACCUGUUGUCCUAUCCCAGUGCCACUGUGGAGCUCACAGUCUCAGAACCCAUCAGCACCUCCACCCCACCACCCACUAUGUCCAUGCCACCAGAGGGAGGCAAACAAAGAUCCCAACAGAGACCACAGAAGCUGGGGCUUAGAGGUUGGGCUGCAGAAGGGAGCAUCCAAAGAGAGACAUUGAGCCUCAACUUGGAUGAUGAGGCAGCCACAGAGAACCAGGAGCACACAAUGGAAAAUCUCAUCAGGAUUGGAUUGGCUGUUGUGGUCCUCAUAGUUCUUUCGAUUCUAGCCACUGAAGCUUGGCAAAGCCACAGACAGACCCACCGUGCACACCUUUCCAACCGGUACUGGAACCCUGAUUCUCCCACGGGUGGAGGAGCUGAGACUGGGCGGCCUGAGGAAUCCCUCCACAUACUGGAAGCCUUUCUUCCUGAAUCAACGCUCUUCUGCAACCAUAAAGUGAUGGAAUAUGCUGUCCCAUCUGCCUGGAAUGUCUUUAACCUGUUGAUUGUAUAUUUCUGUCUGGAAAUGUCAGGACCUGUAGCUCAGAGCUCAACCAUCAGGAAACCCCAGGGUCUCAGGCAGUUCUGCAGAAGGGAGGACCUGCCCAAUCUUAGGGACAAAUCUCUUACAAAGAACUCUCUUCCAGGACUGACUCUGAGCCUCUGGGUCCCAGUGCUGACAGGGUCCCUCCCUAAGCCUAUCCUCAGAGUACAGCCAGACUCUGUGGUCUCAGUGGGGACUAACGUGACCUUUUUGUGUGAGGAGACAAUCGGAGCCAAGGAGUACAAUCUCUAUAAAAUCGGAUACGGACGCAUAAAGAACAAACAGAAGCCAGCAAACAAGGCUGAAUUCUCAUUAUCAUAUAUAGACCAGAAUGAUGCAGGGCAAUAUCGAUGUUCCUACAAGACCAAGGCUAUAUCAUCAGACUACAGUGACCCCCUGGAGCUAGUGGUGACAGGAGCCUAUGAGAAACCCAGCCUUUCAGCCCAGGCCAGCCCUGUGGUGACUUCAGAAGGGUAUGUCACCCUCCAGUGUGAGUACUGGCAGAAAUAUCACAGGCUCAUUCUGGUUGUAGAAGGACCACAGAAGCUCUCUUGGAUACAGUACUCACAGUAUAACCACUCUACAGAAAAAUACUAUGCCCUGUUCUCUGUGGGCCCUGUGACCCCCAACCAGAGAUGGAUAUGCAGAUGCUACAGUUACAGCUGGAACACACCAUACUUGUGGUCAGCUCCUAGUGAAGCCCUGGAGCUCCUGGUCUCAGGGCUGUCCAAGAAGCCCUCUCUGCUGACUCACCAAGGCCAUAUCUUGGACCCUGGAAUGAGCCUCACCCUGCAGUGUCUCUCUGACAUCAACUAUGACAGAUUUGCUCUGCACAAGGAGGGGAGAGCUGACAUCAUGCAGCACUCUAGCCAGCAGACUGACACUGGCAUUUCCAUGGCCAACUUCACACUGGGCUAUGUGAGCCACUCCACUGGAGGGCAAUACAGAUGCUAUGGUACACACAAUCUCUCCACUGAGUGGUCAGCCUCCAGUGACCCCCUGGACAUCCUGAUCACAGGUGAGGAAAUCAACAGAGUCAAUCAGGUACCUAGCCUCUGCUCAGAUUCUCAUGGGGUAGCUGGGCAGUUGAUGGUCAGGCUGAGAGACACAAAUCUUAAGCAGGAACAUAUAGAAGAGGAGAGCAGGAGUCUGUCAGAGAAGAGACAGAGGCCCAGUGGCUGCGGGCUGCUCUAUCGGAAAUCCUGGAUGUUGUGCCUGGGGAUGCCCUGGAUCUUGUGCCUGGGGAAGCCCUGGAUGUUGUGCCUGGGGUAUCGGGAAGUCUCGGAUGGUGUACCUGAGACAUCAGGAAGCAGCUGCUGUCAGGAGCCCUGGAUGCUGUACCUGGGGUAUCGGGAAGUCUCGGAUGGUGUACCUGAGACAUCGGGAAGCAGCUGCUGUCAGGAGCCCUGGAUGCUGUACCUGGGGUAUCGGGAAACGACUUGA